UGUAGCCGUGGAGACUGUUACUUACCAACGGGGACCAACACGCAGCAGCCGCCACCGCCGCCGCGGGAGCCGUUGCCCGAACUCCCGGCCCGAACUCCAGACCUGAGCAUGCAGAACUCAGAGAGUGGAUCGGAUUCCCCGGCUUCCGUGGCGUUGUGCUCGUCGGCGGCUGCCCAGGCGCCCGUGGCCCAGCCAGUGACAGCCUCUCCGCAGAGGGUGUUGGUCCAGGCAGCGGGCUCGGCUCCCAAAGGGGCCCAGAUGCAGCCACUCUCCCUCCCCAGAGUCCAGCAGGUGCCACAGCAGGUCCAGCCGGUGCAGCACGUGUACCCCCCCCAGGUGCAGUACGUGGAGGGCGGGGACGCCGUCUUCACCAACGGAGCCUUGCGGACGGCCUACGCCUACAACCCCGAGCCUCAGAUGUACGCCCCCAGCAGCGCCGCGUCCUACUUUGAGGCCCCAGGCGGCGCCCAGGUGACCGUGGCAGGCUCCUCCCCGUCUGCAGUCCCCUCCCACAGCAUGGUGGGCAUCACCAUGGAUGUCGGGGGCAGCCCCAUCGUCUCCAGCGCGGGAGCCUACCUUAUCCACGGGGGGAUGGACGGCACCAGGCACACCCUGGCCCACACGUCCCGCUCGUCGCCGGCUACGCUUGAAAUGGCGAUUGAAAACCUCCAAAAAAGCGAAGGGAUCACCUCUCACAAAAGCGGUUUACUCAACAGCCAUCUGCAGUGGCUCCUGGAUAAUUACGAGACUGCGGAGGGCGUGAGUCUCCCCAGAAGUUCACUCUACAACCACUACCUGCGGCACUGUCAGGAGCACAAGCUGGACCCGGUGAACGCCGCCUCCUUUGGGAAGCUGAUCCGCUCCGUGUUCAUGGGCCUGCGGACGCGGCGGCUGGGCACCAGGGGCAACUCCAAGUACCAUUACUAUGGGAUCCGCCUGAAGCCAGACUCGCCCCUGAACCGGCUGCAGGAGGACACGCAGUACAUGGCCAUGCGGCAGCAGCCGGUGCAUCAGAAGCCCAGGUACCGGCCAGCCCAGAAGACGGACAGCCUUGGGGAGAGCGGCUCGCAUAGCAGCCUGCACAGCACGCCCGAGCAGGCUAUGGCUGCCCAGAGCCAGCACCACCAGCAGUACAUCGAUGUGUCCCACGUCUUCCCCGAGUUCCCGGCGCCCGACCUGGGCAGCGUCCUGCUGCAGGAGAGCGUCACGCUGCAUGACGUCAGGGCCCUCCAGCUGGCCUACCGGCGGCACUGUGAGGCCACUUUAGACGUCGUCAUGAACCUCCAGUUCCACUACAUUGAGAAGCUGUGGCUCUCCUUCUGGAAUUCUAAAUCCUCUAGCGAUGGUCCCACCUCUCUACCCGCCAGUGAUGAGGAGCCAGAAGGCGCCGUCCUCCCCAAGGACAAGCUGGUGUCUCUGUGCAAGUGCGACCCCGUCCUCCGGUGGAUGAGGACCUGCGACCACAUCCUGUACCAGGCGCUGGUGGAGAUCCUCAUUCCAGACGUGCUGCGGCCCGUGCCUAGUACCCUGACACAAGCCAUCCGCAACUUUGCCAAGAGCUUGGAAGGCUGGUUGACCAACGCCAUGAGCGACUUCCCACAGCAGGUCAUCCAGACCAAGGUCGGUGUGGUGAGUGCUUUUGCGCAGACCCUGCGGAGGUACACAUCCCUCAACCAUCUGGCUCAGGCGGCCAGGGCAGUGCUGCAGAACACCUCCCAGAUCAACCAGAUGCUCAGCGACCUCAACCGCGUGGACUUUGCCAAUGUGCAGGAGCAGGCCUCGUGGGUGUGCCAAUGCGAGGAGGGUGUAGUACAGCGGCUGGAGCAGGACUUCAAGCUGACCCUGCAGCAGCAGAGCUCCCUGGACCAGUGGGCCAGCUGGCUAGACAAUGUGGUCACCCAGGUCCUGAAGCAGCAUGCGGGCAGCCCCAGCUUCCCCAAGGCCGCCCGGCAGUUCCUGCUGAAAUGGUCCUUUUACAGCUCCAUGGUGAUCCGAGACCUGACCCUGCGCAGCGCCGCCAGCUUCGGCUCCUUCCACCUCAUCCGGCUGCUCUAUGACGAGUACAUGUUCUACCUGGUGGAGCACCGGGUCGCCGAGGCCACUGGGGAGACACCCAUUGCUGUGAUGGGAGAGUUCAACGAUCUGGCCUCCCUGUCGCUGACACUGCUGGACAAAGGUGGGUGUGUCUGGGCGUUCCCUCCCAUCCUGGGCAUAGUGGAGGUGGGGGCAGCCCCUAAGGCGGGGCCCUGGGCAGCAGCCCGCAUGUCCACCGGGGCUCAGAGCAGAAGCCCCCACGCUCCUCCUAGAUGACUGUCCUGCUCCCCCAGCCGUCCACACCAGGCCUGGAGGAGCAGGGCCACGGACGGGACUGAGGCGGCUAAGUGCCUCCUCCCUCCACGUCUGGAGAGGGAGUGGGGCAGGUGGGGCAGUGAGCACCCCUGGGGCCCAUUCCCUGCCCCACGGGGAUGGGAGGCUCAGCGCCCAAGGGGGACCCUACCAGGUGCAUGACCCAGGCACAUGGGCACUGGUUGAGGGGUGGUCGCAGGCAGGAAACCCCCAGUCAGCUCACACCCGAGCCAAGGCAGGGCCCUCACCUGGCCUGUUCGUGUCCCCCACCCCACCCGACCCUACAGAUGACAUCAGUGAGGCCCACUCGGAGACCCGAGGACGGGGCGAGCCCCUGGUGAAGCGGGAGCGCAGCGACCCCAACCACCCCCUGCAGGGCGUCUAGCUGGGCCCCCAGCUCCAGGCCUGAGCUCCGCCACAAUAGUGCCUCUUAGACAAGUGACCUUUACUCCGAGUCCAGGCGCCCUGGGCCAGGGUGCCCAUAAAAGACACCCUCCUCUUCCUCAAGAUGAAAACCGCUGUGACCCUGGAGGAACUGUGCGCCAGGUGCCCAGGGCCUGAGCUGCACACUGGGGCACCCAGCCCACCUUCUCCUCCUCCUGAAUCUCCUCCCCCUUCGGCACACACCCUGGCUCAGAGCUGGAAGGGGCCAGGCGGUGUUGGCCAGUUGCUGCCUCCCCUCCCAGCUGGGAACUCCAGUGGCCCCUGGGAGGAAGGGGGUGUCCCGAAGCCCCCCUCGUGUCCUGCAGAGGGCAGGGGCCAUCUUGAUCCUUGCCUCAUGGCCUCCUGCCCAGCUGGUCCCCAAGAGCCUGGUCUCUAGAUGCCAAAGGGUUCAGAAGCAGCUGCCAAAUGAUCCCUGGAUGGGGCUCAGCCCACAGCCCCACGUGGCUCAAGAACCAGUCACCAAAACAGGCUCCCUGGUGCCAAGAACCAGUGGGACCUUUCCAUCAAACCCAGAAGCUUGAUCUGCAACCGGAAGGAUUGGGAUUCUGCCCAAGUUCACAGCCAACAUCAAGCUCAACAGUGAGGUCUGGAAUGAGUUUGUUCCAGGGAGUUCGGGAGAUCAGUGUCCCAUCGGCGCCUUCAGAGGGCAGCCCAUCCAGCCAAGACUGCAUGAACAGCUGUGUCUAAGCCUCGCUUCACAGAACCUUCCAGACUGCCUCCCUUUGAAGUAGUGAUCCCUGAGCACUGUGACUCCAGCAGGUCCCAUCUUGAACUGCUCAGAGUCCAAACUCUUCUCUGGGGACGAACCCCAAGGCCCGGCCCGGCCCCGAACUCUACACGCUUCAUGUCUGCAUCCCUCAUAAUUUAACCUGAUGCACAAUGGGCCCGGGACAGAGGGCUGCCCCCACAGCAGCUGCAGAGAAGACGGCAAGCCUCUGGUCUAAGAAGGCCCGGCUUUGCUUCUCUUUUUGAAAGUAUGUUCAUACCGAUAGUUUCGUGAUCUAAUUGUUAUUAGAACGUUCCUUAUGAAUGUGUAUAUGGCAGUAUAUCCGGUCCCCAAUGGUUUCCUCACGCAUGAAGAAGGUACUCAUGGAAACUCACGUGGCCUUGCAAACCCUGUUUCUUGACAAGCAGCACUGUGCAUCCGUGUCCUUGAGUGCACUGGGCAGGGAGCUGAGGGGAAAGAUGAGGAGUCUCAUCUAAGGAGCCAGCGGCCUGCUGUGGCGAUCACCGAGUGCAUCUCCUCUCGAGACUGCAGACUCAGAUGAACUCCGACAAAAAGAAAAUCUUUAAAGGCACAUCUGCUUUCCUGGGAGACGGUCAAGUUCAUGGUUCCUGGACGGUCACGCCUGCCUCUUCCUCCACGUUUCUGCCUUACGCCGUCUAGUCCUUUGCCGGAUUCCGUGAGGAGGAAUAUAAACGACAUAAAGACACCAGACUUUCGAGCCCAUUCUUGUUUUUCGUUGCAAUAAACACACUAAAUGUACCCACUGAGGGUCAUGGUCCACACUCCCACCCCUGCCGCACCCCCCGUGGUCCUGGAAGAUUCAGCACCCCCUCCCGCAGGCCCCUAGUCCUGGGACAGCAGGGCGGCCCAGACUGGGCUCUGCGAGCCUGGGAAGGGGCAGGAAGGAAAUGGCGCUUUCCUCCGGCUCCCUGGGGAAUGUUCCAGAAGGGGCAGUUUCCCCAGGCCGAGAGGACAACAAAGCAGCUCAGCCCAGGAUAGGCAACACAGUGUGUCCAGGCUAGAGUGAUCCAGAGGCGCAGCGCCAGCCCAGCUCCAGCGCUGAUGCAGCCCGCUGAGUGUUUACCAGGCGUGUCUGGUAAAGCGGGGGCGGGGGGGCAUGGGCCGGACCUCAGAACCCCCUAAGGAUCAGUGCCUGAGCGUCUUGCAGAAUCACCAGGCCCUAGCCCCAGGGAGCCCCGCUUGUGGCAUUAAGGUCGGGGCUGGGCGUCCAUAACUGUUGCCACCACCCUCUCUGCAGGGGGUGGGGGUGGGGGUGGGCAUGGGGUGACCCAACACGGGAUUGUGGGACUUUGGAGAAAUCCUGCAGAGAAGAGCAAUGCACUCAGGAACCAGGAAGGGCCCAGGGGCAGGAGGAUGUUCUAGAAACCCGGAUGCAGUUCUCAGUUUUCCGUAAAAGCUGCUUCUAGGGGGCGAGGCAGGUGCCCCAUAUGCUGAAGUUGCUCAGCCUCGGCCCCAGCCCAGGCCUCUUUGUCCCAAGUGGCAGCCCAGGUGACUCCAGGCUACAUGAAAAUUAUCCCAAGCUGGGAACCCCAGGGCCUGCGCUUGGCUUAAUGCCUGUGCGGUCCCCAUCUUGAAAUUCCUAAGAAUUUUCCACCAAAGGGCCAGUGCUUUCAUUUCACACUGGGCCUCACAAAUACUGUGGCCAGUCCUGGGGAGGAUCCCAGGACCCAAGCACGCAGCCUCCCCCUCAGCCAGUGGCCAGGCCCCAACUCUGUGCAAUGCCCUGCCAGGCUCUGAAAACCCAGCGGAGCCCAAAGGUGUCCCCACCCUCUCAUGGUUCAGGAUUUCAGCCCAUGGCCCCUGAGCAGCAUCAACCCUUGCACAGGGCAGGAGCUGCACCCCUAACCUUCCCCCUCAGAGAUCCCAGCCAGGGCCAGGUAAUAGGGUCCCUGGUAGGGGAGGGCACCUUAGGGCCUGGGUAGCUGGUGAGGCUCAUAAGCACAGGUGAUGCCCACAUGAUUGCUGCCCCAGGAGCCAGAGAAGAGAGAGAAGGAGGGGAGCCCACUGAAGACUCCUGGGUCAUCAAGUCCCUUGAUGGCCCACUGGAUAGUGCAUAAGAGGGACCUAGUCCUACCAAGAGCCUCAGGAGGUCCUGACCAAUCACAGUGGCUUCUCUGUAGAUGCUCUGGUCCAUUCUUUUUGAUGAUCUUCCCAGGUAGGUAUUAACCACCCCCAUCCACUGUCAUACCCAUGGGAAAAUCGAAAGUUACUGGCUGGAAA